AUGGACAAGGACAAAGAACAGUAUCAUCAAGUGUAUGAAGAGCAUUCCAAAAAUGAAUCAAGUAAAGAUGCAGUGCUCACUGAGAUCAACAUAAGUGAUAGACCAAUGGAUUUUGAUGGCAGUAAAUUGGGCCUGGAAACUCAUAUGUAUGGAAUGGCCGGCCUCUCUCCUAUUAGGAUGAUGGUCAAAAAGGGCAACGCACUCUGUAGAAUAUCCUCAGAAACUUAUGGUCUUCUCCGUGGAUUUAGACACCCAAACCUGCAUCCGAUAGAGAAUUAUUCCACAAGAGGUCAUGGUUGGUUUAUUGUUCCAUGCGUUAGUGGUUCUCUCAAGGGCUGGAUGAAUAGCCAGAAUGGUUCGUCCAUGUUUCAGGGAGCUGGUCAAAAGAAAGAUAUAACACCACAAUUUAGAGCCAUGCUUAUCCUAUUCAACAAAUUAUCUCAGAAAAGCCUUUUCCCCAAAACAUUUGGCAUAUGGGACUGCUAUAUCAAAGUUGUAAGUGGUGUUCCAAAGAUCCAAGUGUUACUCACAGAUGUUCAGAAGAGGCAUUUUCAGCCUGGAGCUAUGGCAGAGAAGAUGCAAGAGUUUAUCACUGAAUGUUGUCGGAUACUCCGCAUUGAUUUAACUGACAACUCAAAAAACUUCAUUAGUUACAUCUAUGAUCCUGCAAAAGCUCGGCAUGUUGACCAAGACCUUAGUGUUCCUCUUCAUACUUUCUUAGAGAGAUACCCAGACAGUUGGACUUUCAUUGACAAGGAGAGCUAUGUGUUCAAUAUUGUCUCAGGUCAUCAUAUGCCUUGGCAUGCCGUUCUCUCGAGAAUCAAUAAUAGUGGAGUGAUUCGUUGGCCCUGCAAUGAUGAUGAUUCUGUUGUUCAAGAAUUAGUGGAUAUAAAUGCUUUAGGGGGCAAAUGGAAGAAAAACACAGAGUAUCCAUUCGAGUAUAUUCAACAAUGCCGCAAUUGCUUCAAACACUUUCAGAAGUUACCAAAUACAAAUCAGCAAGCUCUUGGAGGAAGCCCUCAGGGACUGAUACAGAGGAUGGAGCAGUAG